CCGCAUUCUUUCGCUGCGCCUUCGGAAUACCUUCGGCUAGAUUCCGACAUAUUACUUUUCUCCAGCCCUGCUACCACCGCCUGGGCCGCCCGCCCGUCUUGUUGUCGCUGUAUUCUUAGGGAGCUGGACUCGCCGCGCACCAUGACGGACACGAAUGGCUCCUAUGCGCCAAACAUGCGCGCUCUGCCUGCUGGCGAAUUCGUGAAGCCAAGCAGAAAGACUAACGGUGCCGGUGUACAGGCCGAAGACACUCGAAUAUGCGUCGUCAUGGUCGGCUUGCCCGCCCGUGGCAAGAGCUUGAUUGCACAGAAAGUUGUCCGCUACCUGCAUUGGCUAUCCAUCAAGUCCAAGACGUUCAAUGUUGGACAGUACCGUCGGACAGCGACCCCAAACCCCUCGGCCGAGUUUUUCGACACGUCGAACCCUGAAGGAGAGCGCCUUCGCAAGGCGGCCGCCGAAGCCGCCGUCAAUGACAUGUGCAAGUGGUUUUCCGAGGGCAGGGGCUUGGUUGCGAUCUUGGACGCCACAAACUCGACAAAGAGCCGGCGAAGAUGGAUACAGGAACGAUGCGCUGCAGACAACAUUGAAACGCUGUUUGUCGAGUCCAAGUGCGACGACGAGGAGCUCAUCAUGAGCAACAUAUUGGAAGUAAAGACGACGUCUCCCGACUACGUUGGCCAGGAUCCCGAAGUCGCUGCAGCCGACUUCCGCAACCGCAUUCGAAACUACGAAAAGGUGUACCAGACGAUAGACGAGGAUGAACGCGAUCUUACCUAUGUAAAACUUAUCAAUGUUGGCAAGCAAGUCAUUAUCAACCAGAUCCAGGACUACCUUCAGAGUCGAGUGGUCUACUACUUGAUGAACCUUCACAUCAAGCCACGAUCGAUUUGGUUAUCACGACACGGCGAAUCGCAGUACAAUCUCACCGGACAAAUUGGAGGAGAUGCUAAUCUCUCGGCACGUGGAGAUGCUUACGCGCAUGCACUUCCAGGCCUCGUCGCAAAAUCGGUCGGCGAUAAUCGCAAACUCACCGUGUGGACAUCGACUCUGAAGCGCACAAUCCAGACAGCACGAUUCCUGCCUUUUGAAAAGUUGGAAUGGAAGGCGCUUGACGAGCUCGACUCUGGCGUCUGCGACGGACUCACAUACGCUCAGAUUGAAGAAAAGUACCCCGAGGACUUUAAGCAGCGUGACGAGGACAAGUACAACUACCGCUAUCUUGGUGGAGAGUCAUAUCGCGACGUGGUCAUUCGACUCGAGCCCAUCAUCAUGGAGCUGGAGCGCAGCGAGAACAUUUUGAUUGUUACACAUCAGGCCAUUCUGCGGUGUAUCUACGCAUACUUUAUGAAUGUGCCGCAGGAACAGAGUCCUUGGAUGGAGGUGCCGCUACACACGUUGAUAAAAUUGACGCCAAAGGCCUACUCGACACAGGAAGAACGACUAAAGGCCGACAUACCCGCCGUCAGCACGUGGAGAGGUAAGGGCACCAAGGCUGAGCAUCAGCAGGCGAACGGCAGCGCAUAGCUUAAUUUCCUCUAGCCCCGGGGGAAGUCUGUGGAUCGCGUCCCCUGGGAGCGGGUGUUGAAGGGAUUGUAACAAACUAGCCAGCGGGUGCUGUUGGGUGUGUUAUAGACGGACAAAGGAUGUUUCAAUCCAAUGCAGGUUGGGGUUUCGGCGUGUGUGUGUGUGUGAGUGAGAAAAGGUAUCUGGCAUAGAUUGGCAUUUCAGCGUUUCGGUCAAGACAUUAUUAGACAACAAAGCCCAAGGUUAAUAGUCGUGGAAAAGGAUGAUGCGUUACAUGAGCAGAAACAGAAACAGAAU